GCGAGGGAGUGCUCUCUCCAGCUGCUGCCUUCUCUGCGGCUCCCUGGCGUUUGUGGCCGGUGGGCAGGAAGAAGGGCUCCCUGCCUCCCUCCCUCUCAGGCGGAUGCAAGAUGAAGCUCUUCACAGUUGUAGAUUUUGUGGCACAGAUCAGCACUCCUGAAGAAACUUUGACUUUGUCGUCAGAACUGAAGGAAUAUCUCAUUUCUGGAGCGAAAAAUGCAGAGACAUCAGGCCAAGCCUCCAAACAGGCAGCAAUAUGUGAUCGAAUCCUGCGGGCUUGCAUCCACAGGUUUGGGGAAAGUUUGGACUUCCCUUCUCACUUCAAAAGCCUCCAGACUUUAGGUGAGAUGGCUUAUCAUGGCUAUGUUGCAGCCAGACUCCAAUAUGUUCCUCUGUACUUGGAAAGAUUGCUGUAUCACUUGCUGAAGGGUGCUGCUGCCAGGGGCCCAUCUGAUGCCUGUCUGAGAUUUGCUGAUCUCCUCUAUGCAGACCUGUCAAAGUAUCAGCCUCCUCAGGUGCCUGCUGAUGACUAUAUCUCAAUUGCCAAAAGUGCCUUCAGUGUGCUCUGGAAAAGUACAGAUGCCAUGGCUAAAAUGGACAAGACACCAGCAGAGCGCAGAGUUGUGCUCUCUACCCAUCUGAAAGCUGUCCGCUUCUUGGUGCUUCUGGAGCAUGAUACUCCUGCCUUAUUGCUCCAGGAGCCUCCGUUCUUUAACUCCAUGGUGGCUCGGCAUGCCUCGGCUGCAGCUGCUGUGUUUGAGGCCCAGCAGAGCCCAAUGAGCGAAGAAGAUGCCAGCUUUCUCAGUGACCAGCUCUUCUACCACCUAGUUGAAGCCAUUCUAGAAAGGAAAACCAAGAAGGAGCCUUUGGCCUUCCAGGACUGCCUCUGUGUCUUUGAACUCACCCUCAUACGAUCCCGUUACCUCUGCAAAAGUGGCUGUUUCAGAGAGUGCAGGAAAAUUCUCCAGCAAUCCAGCAGCUACUUAAGCAAGUCCAGCAAGCUAAAGCGUUGUUUUACUGUAAUUUUAAAUGUUCUCUCAGCUGGACUUGAUGUGAACAGAGAAUUGCUGCUUGCUGAGGGGUCAGUGGGGUCUUUCUUCAGUGAGAUUGCUGAGGGGAUAAACUCCUCAGCAGGUGUUGAAGAACCUUUACUUAAGCUGCUGGCUGAGAGCUGCCAGUUGCUCAUAACCCCAUUGUAUGGACAUGUGAAGAAAAGUAAAUGGAGGCAUUUCAGCUUGGAAGAGAUUCUAGGGAUCUCUGCCUUCAUGGAAAAUUAUCUAGGAAUGCUCAACAAGCUGAUAAGUAUGGUGUCACCAGACAAUGUGAAACAGAAACAAGCCCUGAAGAAACUAAUGUAUCAUUACUUCCAGUUGUACACAACUGUGAUAUAUGAUUCUCUUCAGACUCUACAGGGGCUAGAGGCUGCUGGUCUACCAGAGUUGUUGGGGUCUCUUCAAAGCGUUGUUAACAGAUUUCUUGAUACACUAGAAGAUCUUCAUGAGAGGGAACAAGCUGAAUACCUGGAUCUCUCAGCCUACUGUGUGUCACGGCUGUCAUAUAGCUUUUACUCUCAUAAGAUGUAUGUGGAAUCUAACUCCAUAGCAGAGCUCUUCUGCAAAUGGCUGGCUAAGAAGGACCUUUCCAAAUAUCCAGAUCUUUUUACAGAAAAGCUGCACAAUUGCUUUAAACUGCAAGUGGAAAACUACAGGAAGUUGGGCUUGUUAGAGGAGGCUUUGCAAACUGUGGUACUCUGGCUGGCUUCUUAUCACAACAAGAUCACGGAACACAUGGCAGAGCCAAUCUCCUCCUGGGUCAAAGUCAAAAUAGAUGCUAGCAAAAAUGGGCUGGAUGACCUGAGACUGAAGACUUUGAAAGAGGGCCUGGAAGGCUACAAUUUAGAUGCUGAGAUUCUUGUGGAAGUGCUCUUGGAGGAACUCAAGGCCUAUAAGACUGUGCGGGUAGACACUGGCCAAGAACGUUUUAAUGUGAUCUGUGACCUGCUAGAUAUGUGUUCAGAAGGUAGUAAUUGGACCCAUGAGCGGGCUGUGAUCCUGGUGGAACUGGCUCAGGUGCUGUGUUAUCAUGACUACAAUGAGCAUACAGAAUGCUCUGCCCUGGACUCUAUCCAUGAAGCUUUGCAGCUAUUUGAUUGUGUGCCAGAGACUCUCCAGAAUAAGGAACAACUCCAAGAUGACAAGGCUCAAGCCUUCCUCUGGCUGUACAUCUGUACAAUUGAGGAUAAAAUGCAUGAAAGCACCAAGCAAGAACAGAGGAUCAAAAAUGCCCAGGGACAAAAGGACGUGCAAGUGUUGGAAGGCUUUGAGACUAAUGAUCUGGGAUAUGAAAAUAAGUCCCCUGAUGACAAGUUCCUGUAUCUUGGCAUUGCCUUCAAUUUGUCUGCAGACUCUGUACAAUCAAAAUGCUUGGAUGAUGCUUUUGCCUUGUGGAAAGAACUUAUCUCCAAAAGUCGGAUCCCAGCUGUUCGUAGCAUUGAGCAGACAGCAGCAUCUCUGCACAUCAUGGCUGCUUUAUACAGGGUGAUGGGGAAGCCAUUACAAGCCAUGGAAAGCUACUUCCUGAUUGCAACUCUGUUUGAUGCACUGCAAGAUGCUGUGGGGAAGACCAAUGCUUUGUGCCAAAUUGUCAAGUUACUUCUGCAGCUGCAAUGUCCCAGUUAUGCUGAGAUCAUUUUAAAGGAAGCUGGAUCCUGCCUGCAAAAUGUAGACAGAAAUAAUGAUUCUUACAUGCUGAUGAAUCAAACACUAGCUGUGCUCUCUAGCAACCUAUGCUUGGCAAACCACAAGAUCGAGGAAGGCCUCCUACUCCUAGUAGAAACUCUGCAAAGCCUUGCUUUGCAGAGGUCCUCUAAAGUCUGGUGCCUGCUCCGAGCCAGCGCUCUCCAGGUUUCAGCUGCUUAUCUUGGUCUGCCUCCUUCUAUGCUCCCACUGGCACUGAGGCAAAAACUCUUUGCUCAAGGAUGGAAGACUCCUGAAAUGGCUCUGAGUGAUGCACACAGACUCUACCGCAGUAUUCUCUUGAACUUCCCACUGAUUAAUAGUGACACAACUGCUAAAGAUGUUCCAGAACAUCCAUUUGUAGAUCAUGGUGACAACUUGGUGCAGAAAUGGCAAGUGUUGGCUGACAUGUUUACUUGUUCUGAGAGCUUUGUCUCUCUCCUUGGCAAGAUCGAGACUAUAAGUGAAGCAAAAGCUUUUUGCUUGGAAACACUUAAAAUCUCCAUGAAGUUGCAGUCAAUUCGGUGGUGUGCUCGUUUUCUGGUCUUGAAAAGUGGCCUGGAACUGCAGUGCAACAACCUAGAAUCGUGUCACUCAGAUCUUGAGCAGGUGCUUUUCCUUCUUGAAUCAAGCACAGUUUUUGAAAAAAAUGAGAGAAAAGGUGAUGUAAAAAUAAAGCCAAAGAAAAGAGGGUGCCAGCACAAAAAGCUUCGAGGCCAGUGCUUGGAGUCAUCUGCGGAAGAGCCGUCUUUCCUCAAGGAGGUGACCCUGGAGUUUGUCGACACCAUCUCCAUGCAGAAGGAGAACUCUCUCACCGCCUCACCAGUUCUGAGACCAAAGCUGAAGAAGUCCCCCAGCUUCCUGAGCCACCCAAAAGGAUGCCACUGCUCUCUCUGCUCAGACAUGGUUCUCUCAGCUAUCUGCCUCUGUUGGCUGGUCACCUCUGCAGAAGGGGAACUGGCCUUUGGGAACAAGGAAGAAGGGCUGCAUCUCCUGGAGGCCACUCUGCAGCGGUGUGCCACUGUGGCUCUGAGGAUCUCGAGCAUGGUAGCAGCCAUUUCUCAAAGCAAAGACAAGGAGGUUAGGGCUCCACAUCAAUCCUCAGUCAAAUUUCUUGAUGAUUUGGUAGCCCAUAUCUAUGUGACUCUUGUAAAGCAAAGCAUGAAUGACAACAGACCAGAGAAAAGGCUUUGGAGGCUUAUGGAGACUGGCUUGACCUUUCUGUCUUCCAAGGGAUCACAGGGGCUUGGACAUGAAUAUGAAAGGGCUAAAUUGUUGCUUGCCAAAGCAGUAACUGCCAUCUCUGUCCUAGCCUCUGGGCAAGAUGGCUGUGCAGAGAACAUAAUUUCUAGUGCUUGGUCUUGGAAGUCCCCAUUAUCGCCCCAGAGGCACCAAGAAAACAAGCCAGCAGCAAGGAAAACAUUAGAUGACCUUCAUAUGCUGGCUUCCAAAAAUAAAAUACAGAGGCAGGUAGGAGCUUCCCGCAAAGCAAAGCCAAAAAGAAUCCAAGGAAUGAAGCUACAGUCUGUGAUCAAAGAGAAUGAUGUGUUUGCCCUGCCUGACUCUGACUCAGAGGCUCCUCCAGUUAUCCUUCGGCCCCCUGCAGAACACCGUACCCCAGCCCAGCAAUCCCUUCAUGUGUCUAGAACAAGUCGCUCUUCCACUGCCAAGCCAACUCUUGCCCCCAAAGCUCCGUUUGUGGUUUUUGAGGAAUCUUCUCCAAAGCUGACAAGUGAACUUCCAAAGGCUCCCAAAGUGACCAGGAGAAUGAAAUCUCGAAUUAAGGUCAACUUCAGUGACGACAGUGAUGAUGAAGAUACUCCAGAAACUAUACAGGCAUCCCAGUUACCCACAGUUAGAGAGAGAGCGGCUGCCACCCACAGGCGAGGACAGAAGACAGCAACAUUUAACCGAAAGUCCUUCAAGAUGAACCCUGCUAAGAUGACAAGGUGCAGUGGGAGCUCUUCAGACGAUGUCUCUCAGAUGGCAAAGACAAAGUCUCAGCCUGGAAGGCCAUGUGCUAAGAGAGGCACUAGGCGACGAAAACAGCAUGAAGAAAUCCAGAAAGCUUCUUGUAAGGAGAGCAUUUGCAGAACCCAGGAUGAACAGGGAGAAAGAGAUGGAGAAGAAGAGAAGGAAUUGCUGAGGACUGUUGAGGAGGGGCUAGAGGCCAGUUUUGAAGUCUUACGGGGUUCUGAUGAAGGUGAUGUCAUUAAAGGAAGCAGAAGGCAGUUUAACACAGAAGAUGAGCAAGAGAUUCUCCGGAGAGAUGUUAAUGGUGACUUGCGGGAAUUUUUCAAAGCUGCAAACAAAAGAAACAAUGAAGAUCCAUUUGACUUGGGCAUUCUUGCAACCUCUUUGGACACACCUGCCACUGUUGCAGACUUCUUUUCCAUGGACUCAAUCUAUGACUCCCUGCAAGUCGCCUUCCACUCAGUUGGCCAUUACCCUCCGGGCACUCUGUACAGCCAUCUCUGUCAGCUCAUGGCACUGUGCAUUGGGAGCAAGGAUCCCUUCCACACUGCUUACCUGGUUUCUGAAUCGGUUGCUGUCACUCUUCGCCAUAAGAUAAUGACUGCCAUUCACAGGAAACUGAACAAAAUGAAAAAGGCAUCAGUGGCCAGUGCUGCGAAGCAGCUGGAGGCGCUUAGCCUUCAAGAAGGAAAAGGUGAUUCUCGCUUCCAGCAUCUCUCAGACCUGGAAAGCGUCUUUGAAUUUAAGUGCCUCACCCCGGCGGACCUGGAGGCAGAGAACUUCAAAGAACAGAUGCAACAAAUCCCCCAAGGGGUAACAGUAUGUAUAUUGACUUUGGUGAGCAUCCGGCCUGACACUGUUGGGGAAAUCCUCUUGCUGACGAGGCUAGAGAAGGAUGCUGACCCUGUCACUAUCCAGAUACAGACCACGCAUGCCCAGAUGUCUUUAAGUGCAGCACUCAGUGAGUUUGAUGACAUCUUACAGAAGCAGAAAGAGAUCUCUAAUUUCACUGAAAAGGAGGACUGGUGGACUGGUCGGAUUACACUGGACAAAAGAAUGAAGGCUUUGACAGAGUCCCUGGAAACACAUGUGCUGGGCUGCUGGAAGGGUGCCCUGUUACCUGCCUGUGAGGACCCCAGCUUGGUAGACGAAGUUGCCUGUCUGCAAAUGUGUCUCAAGGAGUGUGGCUGUGAGGCGGUGGAACUGGCAUUGCUCAAGGCUAUGCUGACUGGGUCACAUCUCCUGACCCCACAACAUGUGUGGCGCUUGACACAGGGGCUCAACCCAGCUCAACCUGAGAGAGCACAGAACUUUCUACAAGAGGCAGUGAACAAACUGGGAGACUGUACCGGUUCGGCAUCAAAUGGCCAUGUCAUCCUUGUGCUGGAUAAACAUCUGCAGAAGCUUCCCUGGGAAAACAUCCCAUGCUUGAGAUCCCAUUCGGUGACCCGGUUACCUUCUUUGCGUUUCCUCCCUAGCUACUCACUUACAAAAAAGUAUCAAGAAGAAACAGUCCUCAACCGUGGUGUCAAUAGCACCAAGACCUUCUAUGUCUUGAAUCCCCACGGAAACCUUCCUGGGACAGAGAAGAUGUUUGAAGAUUGGUUUCAGAGAGAGCCUGGAUGGGCUGGAGUGGUGGGACAGACUCCUGAUCCAGACCAAGUACCCUUGGCCCUUGAAGAACGUGAUCUUUACAUCUAUGCUGGACAUGGUGCUGGUGCACGUUUUGUAGACUCCAUCCUUAAAGUGGACUGCAGGUCUGUGGCUCUUCUCUUUGGUUGCAGCAGUGCUGCUCUUGCAGUGCAAGGUAAUCUGGAAGGAACUGGUGCUGUCCUCAAGUUCCUUAUGGCAGGAUGUCCCCUAGUGCUGGGUAAUCUCUGGGAUGUGACUGAUCGAGACAUUGAUCGCUUCAUGCAGGCGCUUCUGAAGAACUGGCUCAAGGCAGGAUCUGGAGCGCCUCUGCUCCAACAUGUCAUUCAGUCACGUCAGGCUCCCAGACUCAAAUACAUGAUUGGUGCUGCCCCCAUAGCUUAUGGUUUACCAGUUUCUCUACAGUAGAAAAGAUGAGAAGAGCAUGAUAUUUGGAGUUUAGUGGGAGAGAUUUGGAAGGAUCUGGAUGGAUUUUUCUUCAACUCUGACCUGCUUUAAAUGCGAACUGCUUGUGGAUAAAAAUUUUCAGAGGAUAUAGAUAUAAAUUUAAGAAAACUAGUUUGGUCGACAGUUGCCUGGCCAUAUAUUAUAUUGAAGGGUCUGUAUUUUACAGGAGAUGUUUCUAUCUAAGCUGCUCUUUCAAAUAUGUAACAUUUGCACAAUGUACAAAUUUUGAAUUUCAGAAAUUAUUAUACGUUUUCUUAAAAUCUAUGAAUUUUAAUGUUUCAAAACCUUA